AUGGAUAUAACAUCAUUAAUAGAACAUUUGGAAAGGUUUGAAAAAUUAUUAGAACCAGAUAAUAAUAACUAUGAUGUCAAAAUUUUUAUUCAUAAUGAAGAAAAACUUGCAAUCAGAGUUUCAACUAUAUAA